CGCAUUGACGCAUUCUGCUAUUUUGUCCAACAAUGGCAGAAGACGUUAAUGUCUAGUCAUUGAAAUCUUAUUGUCAUAAUGAGAUGUUUAUACAUCACUCGUGUUUGCGAUCAACACAGAAAAAUGACACAAUAUGCUGUUAAACACGCACUUUCUAAACAGUAACCCUGUUGAGUUGUGCAAACUCAGUGAGAAAUCAAAAAUCAUGGCCAAUUCAGCGGGCCAAUUCAGUACAUCGAGCUCAAGCAUCGAGGGAGAUAUCUCUAAACCUGAUUGGAAGAUACCCUUGGCGAAAUUGAACUCAGCUGUUAUCCAGGAAAAAGAGGAGGCCAAAGAAGCAAUACAUCAAUUGUUGCUCUCGGGAUCCAAACAGUGCCAUGCAAUUAUGGGAGAUUUAUUUAAUCUGUAUGUGAAAACCAGUUGUCGAGCGGCGGGAGAAAUACUCUUGGAUCAGAGUCAACAAAAUCAUGUGAAUUUUUUAUUUGAGAAAAUGAAUGAAGGUUUGAAGAAUCCUGAAAAAAGAUACGCCACUUUAAUGCUACUAUGGAAUAUAAUUCAGCGACAGCCAUCAUGGCGUCACACAAUAAUAUCAACCUCUUUUUUCAAUACAUUUAUCAAGUGUUUGAAGGUGGAUAAUGAUGUUGUAAUAUUAGUAACUGGAAUAUUGAUUAUUACGGCCUUGCUUCCAUCUGUUCCAUCUCUUGUUGGUUCAAUUUUGGAGGAUUUUUUUGACAUCUUUGAAAGACUUUUCUUAUAUACAGCAAGACAAAGGGGGAUCACUCCAGACACACACAUACUUCAUUUAAAAGUCGCUGUUUAUGUAUUUUUUCACCGUUUUUAUGCCAUGUAUCCAAACAAUACUGUAACAUUCAUGAAGUCUUUCUUUGAAUCUAAUCAUGGAAAGGAUGUUCAAAGAUCUAUUGAGUUGCUUUUAAGGUGGGUCAAAUUCCACCCUUGGCUAAUAACAGAAACUGAUCAAUCUGAAACUGGCAAAGACAGAUGGCGAAGUAAGGAGCCACAUGAUGUUAUAGUUGACUGCGAGAAGGUCUCGCUGGAGCCAACUUCUUGUCACUUGCAGGAAAGUGAGACUUUAUCAUCAGUGUGUACUUCAAGACAAAGCUCGUCAGAAGUUACAAUGUCCGAGAGCUCAGGAAUCUUAACAAAUUCGGACAACAGCAUGCAGCCAGCUAUGAAUAGUGAAGAUGAAAGAUUAGACAUGGCGACCCAAACUGGAACCUCCUUACAAAAUGCGACCUACCAACAAGAUGAGAGCUCUGUUGAUAGUGGCACCGAUAUAAGUAGUAUCACCCCUCUGGUGGCAUCUUCUGCAAUGAUUAAUAGCCCUACAACUUUAUGUAGCCUGACCACACCCCCAUCGUCUAAAAACACCUCGCCCUCUGGAAGCGUGCACGAUGUCUCGAUAGGCCACACUACCCCAGGCCAGCUCAACCAUUCCAGUCAUGAAGCGAGCGAUGCGAGACUAAGCAUGCAAACCCCCACCCCCUUGGGCUCGAGACGAUCAAGUUUUAACCAUCAUACCGCUAAUAGCUUCGCGGUCAUUGAUGACUCGUCAACAUGUGGUCGCAAUACUCCCCCUAUACUAUUAAACCCACGGGCAACCCCCGUUAAAGAAAAAGGGCAUGCCACCUCAGAGUCGAGCAAGUACGACAAGAAAGAUAGAGAGAAGUCAAGUUUUGACUUGAUUGUAGACGAUACACUUCGUGAUCCAUCAGAACAAAAACCUGAGACUCCAAUUCGACCAUCUGCGGAAAAACUUUCAUUGUCGAAAUUCCCGUGGGAUAUUCUAGACGCGUUGCAGCCGUUUACGACAAAUAUUUGUAACCAUUGUCUGGAAAAUUGCUCUGGGGGUUCCAGCAAGAAAAAUGCGGAUUGGGAAAGUCAGUUGUCUCCUGCACAAUUGCUUGAUCAUUAUCUGCUGUUUGGGCAAAAUUUACAACAAGGAAAACUGAAUAGUAUACCGCUAACAAGCCAGGAAGGACUUGAUUGGACUCACUUUGGAGGUUCACCUCCCAAAGAUGAAAUAAAAAUACUUCGCAAAGAACUGCUAUUACUUCAGAGUGAACUCUUAUUCGAAAGACAUAAAUGUGAUCUUCAUGCAACUAGAAACAGAAGAUUGGUUGGCAAGGUUUUCCAGGUUAAUGCUGUCAGAGAGGAACUAUUUGCUGUGAAGGAUCAAUUAAGCGUCCUUCAAAAAGAAGUUGCUAACUUGGAACAAUCAUGCAGAGAAAAAGUUAAAGAAAACAGACAGUUGAAAGAAAAAACAGAAUCUUGGAAUCAGCAACAAGCGGAAAUAAUGAGCAAUCUGUCGAAAGCAAACGAAACAUUGACUUCAGAAAAACUAGAGCUAGAGGCCGAGGUCGAAGAUUUUCGUUUAGAGAACGAAAAAUUACGAGAGGAAGUAAAGGCGUCGAAAGCACAGAUAUUUCAACUUGAAAAUGAUCUAUCAUUUCUCCGGCGCUUAGAGAAGGAAAAUGAAGUUUUGAAGGAAAAGGCUGACACGCAAGCAGGCAAUUUACUGGUGAUGGGCGAGAGAGAAGAGCAACUUCGGGAUUUGAUUCAUAUUUUGCGAACAACAGUUGAAAAAUCGCCACAGGCUGAAGCGAAGUUACACGUUUACGAAAAAGAAUUAGAGGAUGCACGUUUGCUAAUCAACGAACAAAAUGCAGAACUGCUGUGUCUUAAAUCAAAUUUCUCAGAGCUGGAAAAUAUUUCAGCACAAAAGGAGCACCAGAUAAAAGAUUUAAAGAAUUUAAUCGAAAGCAUAAAGAAAAUUUGGAAAGAUAAACUUGACGCGGUAGAAUCAAAAUACCAAACGAUUAAAAGGACUAAUCAGAGACUAGAAUCUGAAAUAAUGAGUUUACAUUCGAAAUUGGAUGCUAGAAAGAAAAAAGAUAGGUAG